GGAGAGUCGACCCCCGGCACUUCCCGCGCGGAACAGCACAACAUGGCAGCCAGGACAAGACUCUGCCUUGCACUCCAUUGUGCGCAGAUGAUGCAUGGCCACCAUGGCACUACAGGAUCACCUGGGCGAUCUGCGGCAGGCCGUGGAGGUGGUGGGUGGCCCUGCGGGCAGGUGGAGUGGCGGCAGAAGGGGUGGAGCGGGCAAGCAGCCAGAGCAGGGGCGGGGCGGGUUUUGGGCACUCGGUCUCUAAAAGGUUCACCAUUACUGGUAUAGGGUUUCCUGCUUGAGCAGGGGGUUGGACUAGAAGACCUCUGAAGUUCUUUCAACUCUAUUAUUAUGUUUUUAAAAAGUCAAUGUAUAAAGUACAGGAUGGGCAGGAUGGAAGCAAGGGCAUCAUACAUUUGAUUUCUUUGGCUUAUUAUUUUUAGUGACUUUUCUGCACUCUGUUGCUUAUCUGAAAAGAGAAUAGUGUGAUAAUAAUAUAGGACAACUUAAGGAAAGCAACCUGGCUUUGUUUCUUCUUACCCCAACUAUCCCCCGUAGUGGAAAAACCACCAUCUAUUGCUCUCUUCAAUGUGUAUGGAGGCAAACCUUGGCAAAUACGCAUGGCUGAAAGAUGAGUUGAACUGUCUACUCACCAAGCUGUCUAACAGGCUGUUCAGCUACUGUUGAACACAAGCUUCACACUAGGAAAAGUUCUGUGUUCAGAAAUAUACCAGCUGACAGAUCACAACCCCAGAGGGGGCAUGGAGGUAUCUUCCAUGCACUGGAAGAAUUGCCUCCUACAUCUCCAGGACUGUGGUGGUCAGCCAAGUAUUUUUCAGGUGUGGCUGUACUGCUCUUUCAAAAUUAGGGUGGGCCUAUUUUCAGAAAUACCCCAACUGACAGCUCACAGUUGCCCAGGAGAGAUUCUGAAAGGUGCUGCAGCACUCCCACCUCACGCCCUGGGAUUCUGCUCCUACUCCAUUGUAGCCAAUCAACUGGGCUUACAGAUGUAGCAGGACACAAUAAGUAGCCAUGGCUGGAAGUAUCAGGAAAUUGCUUUGGCGUAGGCAGGGUGGUGGAGGAAUGGGUCAAAUGGCAUUGCCCUCAAGUAAUGAAAAUGGAAGAAAUCCAUGAAGUGGGAAGACUGCAAUGCACAAAAUUAGUAAACACUAGAAGCACCUGGCUCUCUUUUUGGAUUUAAAUCAAAAAGAUUUGGUGCAGCAACCCUAGUUUUUUAAUCACAAAUCUAGCUGUUUCAAAAGAAUGCUAAAUUCUUAUUUAAGAACAGGUCUACUGCUCUUUCCAAAGACUGCAUCCCAGGAGUGCUCACAAGAGAGAUCAAUGACAUCAAAACAGUGGCCAUGACCAAGGCAUUUGAAGCCCCACCCUUUUUUGCAGUUAGGUAGCACAUGUAAAAAGAUGAGUCCUUGAAAACAAGCAAGAUCUAAGAAGACCUACAGUUUCCCCUUCUGCGAAUUGAACAAAUACUCAGGUACCUGUUUGGUUGAUGUGAUUUUUCUUCUCCAUUAAGUGCAACAUGUUGGAAGUUUAACAGUGACAUCACAAUAAGGCAUCAAAGUAAAAUUCUUCAUUAGAAUAUUGUGAUGUAUUUCCUGUAUCUCAUUCUACAUGCUAGUUUUAAAUGGAUUUGUCUUCUGUUCUUUAUCCUGAGCUAUCUACUUAAUAAUCUCUAUGAAGCUACUAUAAAGUAGUGCCUGAAGACAGCACUCUCAGUCUGGGAAAAGAAAGAAUUCAGAACAACAACAAAAAAUGAGAUGCGUUCCCGUAUUAUACGACAGUUGACCAGGGUGGCAAAAAUAUAUGCUUUUGGUGGUCGCAAACUUUUAAUAGUCAACACAAUUAGCUCUGGACUCUUACUAGGAGUUGCAGAUAUAAUACAGCAGUCUUUGGAGCAAAGGAAAAAGCAAAAACAGUGGGAUAUUGAUCGUACAUUUCACAUGUUAGUCACUGGAUGUAGCACGGGACCACUCCUGCAUUACUGGUAUUUAUGGAUAGACAAAAUAAGCCCAAGAAAAGGAGUUCAACAACUUCAGGUUGUCAUCACAAAGGUAGCAAUCGACCAGACCUUUGCUCCAUUUUUCGGAGGUUGGUAUUUCAUAAUCAUGGCACUGCUUCAAGGCCAUAGUUUGGCAGAUGGCAUUGAUGAAUUUAGAGAUAAAUUCUGGGACUAUUAUUUGGCAGAGCUAGCUGUUUGGCCAGCAGCUCAAACGUUUAAUUUUCUAUUUCUCCCCUCAAAAUACCGAGUGUUGUUUGUGAACGUAAUGACAUUGGGAUGGAAUGUCUACCUUUCGUAUUUGAAACAUCGAAGUUGAUGACCGGAAAGGCUUGGAAGCAAAAGAGCCAAAGAGGAAACUGCUUUCUUAAAGACGAUUGCACUAGCUAAAAAUAUACUAUAUUCAGAUUUGAAGCAUUCUCAAUGGAAUUGUAUUCUUUUGUUCUUUAACUGGAUAAUGUUUUAUGCUAGUUGUCCUGAAUAAACUUUUUUUUAAAUGGUUGAGGAGUUCCUGCACAUUAUUACAUUCAAUUUAUUUAAAGUACAUGUACAUCAUUUUCCAAUGAUAAGUUGUCUCUAAAAAUCCUUAAAAGUGAUACAGUUUAAGACAGCUCUGAUGCAAACAAAUUUGAUCUGUUUGCAGAUUGAUCUCCACUUGACUUGGAAACAUUUCAUCUGAAUAUAUUAUGUGUUUUCCAGUUUUUUGUUCCCUCACAGUUCUAUUGCUAGCUCUGGGAUUUUCCUAUCAUUAGGUGAUGUGAAACAAAAAUAAAAUAAAAUCAUGAUAUCAAAAGACAAUUAUACAAUUAUUUAAUUUAUUAAUCUGAUUUUACAUAGUUCUGCCUUAGAUCAUCUCAGUCUAUUGUUGCUUAGCAUUUGUUCUGUGUUAUGUACGAAGGCCUCACGGCAGUUUGCCUUGUUCUCUGCUUCUGCUCAAUAGUAAUUGCCCAAGAGAAAUUAUUGCUUGAUUACUCUAACAAUCUGAAAUUUUAGUUACAUUUGGUAAGCUAACGAAUGGCAUGUGUAGAUUUGCAAAGUACAAAUAGUGUACAUAUUUUAAACACAAUACUGCAAUACACCACAAAAAGUCAACUGAGAGGGUAGAGGAAAAGGUUGAAUAUAUGUAAUCAACAUGUAGAAGCAACUUUCAUUGGAUCACCAACUUCCACUGGGUUGCCAGGAAAGGGGACCUGAUUCUCUCAAGAUUGUUACAAGAUGGCGGAGACAUAAAAAUGGUUACUUCAAUGCAUAACUCUAAAUGGUAUGAACCACAGAUAUCACUGCCAAUGUUGGCACCAACUGUGCAUCUGUAUAAUAUUGACAUAGUAACCCGCAUCUGUCUCAAACUGCCUUUGUUUAAGGACAGACCUUCUGCAUGCAGUAGCACUCAGCAGCAAAAGUAUAGUUUCCCAGACUGUAAUAACUAAUUGCUGGGAAUAUAUGGUUUAUUGAUGUUAGCUUGUCUUUUUUUUAAUAAAAAGUUUUUAUUUUCCAUUUAUUCAACAUAUACAGAAUUCAGUUUACAAAAUAAGAUAAAUUCAUAAUCAUAACCAUUGGUGCCGCUUGCUCAU